UUCAUCGUCUGUAUUCCUUUCCUUGCAGCUGUUUGGAACGAUAGUCUGGAUUUUGGUAGCUUGUACUCGAAUUCCACUACCAGUGCUGCAGGGAUGGGUAAUGUUUGUAGCAGUGACUGCAUGGCUCCUGUCCAUUGUGUUCCUGUGUGUGUUCCUCUUCGGUUUUGCAAAUAGAAUUGCUGUCAACUGGAACCAGGCGGAUUUUCUUUUCCAUGGGAUUACUUUUGUCUUUUAUUUUGGAGCUUUUCUGCUGCAAUCAGCAACUACAUCUCUGCAUUACUUUCCCCGCAAACUCGAAUCCACCACACAAGAGGAGAUUCUAACUGGUCGUGAAUAUGACAUAAGUGUAGUAGCCUCG